AUGGCGCCAGGCAUAUGCCACUCUCUACAUCAAUCAAGCCUCACCAAGCUUGUUGAGUCCAAAAAUAUUGAGCAGCUCCUUCAGUUUGGAGGAGUUGUAGGGGUGGUCUCUGCUCUUGAAACUGAUUCGGAGAAAGGUAUCCAAGGUAGUGUUGAAGGCAUUGGCAACCGACGCAAAGUUUUCGGUUUAAACACGUACACGAAGCCACAUAUGAAUACCUUGCAAAUCGUGUUGGAGGCCUUCAAAGAUCCCAUUAUUUUCAUCCUACUCUUGUGUGCCACACUUUCUAUUGGUUUUGGGGUCAAAAAGCAUGGGCCGAAAGGAUGGUCUGAUGGGGGAAGCAUACUAGUAGCGGUCUUUCUAGUCAUCAUUGUCUCUUGUUUGAGUAACUACUGGCCAAGAAGACAUUUCCACAAGUUGUCCAGAGCCGGUUACAAUUUCCCAGUUGAUGUCAUAAGAAAUGGGCAGACAGUGCAUAUUUUAACAUUUGAUCUUGUCGUUGGAGAUGUUAUUCGCUUGAGGAUUGGAGAUCAAGUUCCUGCUGAUGGCUUGUUCAUGGAUGGGCAGUCCUUACAUGUGGACGAAUCAAGAAUAACAGGAAGAACUAACAUUGUGGAAGUCAAUUGUAGCCACAAUCCAUUCUUGCUUUCUGGCACCAUGGUGGCUGAUGGCUGUGCUCUAAUGGUCGUGACUUCAGUAGGCUUGAACACGGCAUGGGGAGAGAUGAUGAGCUCAAUAAGCUGCAAUUAUAUUGACAAAACUCCUUUACAAGCUAAGCUCCACAAGCUGACCUUAUUCAUAGCUAAGGUCGGUAUGGUGGUUGCUUUCCUGGUUCUUGUAGUACUGCUGAUUCGCUACUUCAUGGGGAGAAUGCACGAUGUUAAUGGAAAUAGGGAAUUCGUUCGUGGCAACACAAGCAUCCAUCAUGUAUUCAACGCCGUAGUAGGAAUACUAGCCACACCAAUUGCUAUUGCAUCAGCUGCCAUUCCAGAAGGUUUGCUGUUGGCUGUCACAAUCACUCUUGUUUUUUCGACCAAGAGAAUGGCAGUGGAUCAGGCACGAAUGAGAAAUCUUUCAGCCUACAAAGCAAUUGGCUCUGCCACAGUGAUCUGCACAAACAAAAGAGGCGCCCUGACACUGAACCAUAUGGAGGUAACCAAAUUUUGGCUAGGCCAAAAUUAUGUUGAAGAAGGUGAAUCCUCUUUGAUUGCACCCAAUGUUCGGGAAUUGUUCUGCCAGGGAGUUGGUAUGAACAAACAAGAGGUUCCGUCAGAACCUCCAUAUGAGCUAUCUGAGAAUCAGAUUGAAAAAGCAAUUUAUGACUGGGGUGUCGCAGAAAUGGGAAUGGAUAUGGAAGAAUUGAAGGACAUAUGCACCAUUCUCCGUUUUGAAGAUUUCAAUUCAGAGGAGGAGGCUGGGAUUUUGAUCAGGAAAGAGGCCGACAACACGAUCCAUCUGCACCAGAAAGGUGCACCAGAGGUAAUACUAGCCAUGUGUUCGCAAUAUUCAGAGGACACUGGGAUCAUCAAAGUCAUUAAUAAAGGUACAAGGGAGAAAUUGGAGCAUACAGUUCAAGAAAUGACAGCCAAUGGCCUCCAAUGCAUUGCUUUUGCACAUAAACAAAUGCCAGACGAUAAUGAUGAUGGAGAAUUCCACUUAAAGCUAGAAGAAGAAUCUUUGAUAUUAUUAGGGAUUCUUGGUCUGAAGUACCCCUGUCGACCCGAAGUAAAAAAAGCUGUGAUAGAUUGCCAACAAGCUGGAGUGAACAUUACAAUGAUCACAGGAGACGAUAUUACCACAGCAAGAGCUUCAGCUAUUGAAUAUGGUAUAAUCGAGCAAAAUCAGGACAACAGUGGGAAAGUGAUCGAUGGAGUGGAAUUUCAAAAUUAUACUAAUGAGGAGAGAAGGGAGAAAGCUGAUAAAAUUCGUGUGAUGGCAAGAGCCUCAACCUUCCACAAACUUCUGAUGGUACAAUGCUUGAAAGAGAGAGGACAUGUGGUGGCAGUCACAGGAGACAGCAAAGGGGAUGCCCUGGUGGUCAUGGAAGCUGAUAUAGGGCUCUCUCUGGGCAUUCAAGGGACUCAUAUAGCAAAGGAGAACUCAGAUAUUGUCAUCUUGGACGAUAAUUUCGUUUCUGUAGCCAGAGUUUUGAGGUGGGGGAAAGGCAUGUACAACAACAUCCAGAUAUUCACUCAGUUCCAGCUCACUGUUAGCAUUGCUUCUCUGGUGAUCGACUUUGUGACAGCAAUUUCCUCCAGUGAACCCCCCACUAUCAACAUUGUGGCAGCGAUUUCAGCCGGUGAAGUUCCAUAUGCAACUCUACAAAUACUGUGGGUGAGAUUGAUAGUCGGUACAUUGGCUUCUCUAGCUCUCACUAUAGAGAAGCCAGCCGAAGAGCUCAUGCAACAACCACCUAUUGAUCGGAGCAAGCCGUUUAUCACCAACAUCAUGUGGAGGAACAUCGUGGCCCAAGCUCUAUAUCAAAUAGCCAUCCUGCUAACCAUACAAUUCAAGGGCGAAUCAAUCUUCAAUGUGAAUGCCAAAGUUUUAAUAGUGGAAUUUUUGAAGAGGUUUGCAGAUACAGAGAGACUGAACUGGGGGCAAUGGGGUGCAUGUAUUGGGAUUGCUGUUGUAUCUUGGCCAAUAGGUUGGCUGGUGAAGUGCAUACCUGUUCCUAAGAAACCAUUUUCCAGCUAUCUCAAGGGGCAGAACUUGUCAGUAUGA